AAUGGAGCAAACUAUUCUCUUGGAGUUGGACCCUUUCUCCAACUCUUUAAAUCACCCUCUUUGUUCAAUCUCCUUUCCUAUUUGAUUCCCAAAGGGCAAAAAGAAGAAACAAAAAUAUCAAUCUUCUUAAUUCAACUACACCUCCAUUUUCUACUCACCCUAGUUGAAGAAAACAAGGGGGGGAAAUGGAAGUAGAAAAUCAGAUUGGGACAUGGGAUGGCUAUGUAGAUUACAGGAACAGACCUGCACUAAAAGGCUUCCAUGGUGGCAUGCUGGCUGCGUCUUUUGUUUUGGUUGUGGAGGUUUUGGAAAACUUGGCAUAUUUAGCAAAUGCAAGCAACUUGGUGCUAUACUUGUCUGAAUACAUGCAUCUCUCACCAUCGGAAUCAGCAAAUUCAGUUACUAAUUUCAUGGGAACUGCCUUUCUUCUUGCCCUUCUUGGUGGCUUCUUGUCGGAUGCUUUCUUCACCACUUAUUAUAUCUACCUUAUAAGUGCUGUCACUGAAUUCCUGGGCUUGUUAAUACUCACAGUUCAAGCACAUUCAGAAUCCCUGAAGCCACCAAAAUGUAUCCCUACCACCCCCAACAUUCCUUGCCAGAAAAUUCAUGGUGCCAAAGCUACAAUGCUUUUCUUAAGCCUUUAUCUGGUGGCGCUGGGGGUCGGAGGUAUAAAGGGAGCACUACCGGCCCAUGGAGCUGAACAGUUUGAUGAAAAUACACCUCGAGGAAGGAAGCAAAGAUCAACUUUCUUCAACUAUUUUGUCUUUUGCCUUUCUUGUGGUGCUUUAAUUGCUGUGACACUAGUGGUAUGGAUUGAGGACAAUAAAGGGUGGGAAUGGGGGUUUGGAAUUUCCACUUUCACAAUAUUGUUGUCAAUUCCAAUCUUUUUAUCUGGUUCAAGGUUUUACAGGAACAAGAAACCUCAAGGAAGUCCACUUACAACUAUAUUUAAGGUUCUUAUUUCUGCCUUACUGAAUGCAUUCAUGCCGAGAAGUUCGAGCAAUGUUGUGGUAAGCAUGGCGACGAGCCCCUCUCCAAUUCCUGACUCCAAGGAAGUAGCCGCAAUGGAAAAUGGCAGAGUUUUGAGGGCAAUAUUUGAAGCUCCAUCUGAAAGUCUAAAGUUCCUCAACAGAGCAGUUCUUGACAAACCAAUCAGUGAAACAUUAAAGUGCUCAGUACAGCAAGUUGAAGAAGUUAAGGUUGUAAUAAAAAUCCUCCCCAUUUUUGCCUGCACCAUCAUGCUCAAUUGCUGUCUUGCUCAACUUUCCACAUUUUCAGUCCAACAAGCUGCUACAAUGAACACGAAGCUCGGCUCCCUAAAUAUCCCGCCUGCUUCACUCCCUGUUUUCCCCGUAAUCUUCAUCAUGAUCCUCGCGCCAGUCUACAAUCACAUCAUAAUUCCAUUCACUCGUCGAGUAACAAAAACCGAGACAGGUAUCACUCACUUACAACGCAUUGGAGUCGGCCUAGUCCUCUCCAUCUUAGCCAUGGCUAUAGCAGCUUUGGUCGAGAUCAAGCGCAAGAAAGUCGCUACAGAAUCAAAACUACUCGACUCGACCAAACCACUGCCCAUUACUUUCUUCUACAUUGCUUUCCAGUACUUGUUUCUUGGAUCAGCAGACUUAUUCACCUUAGCCGGGCUGCUUGAAUUUUUCUUCACCGAAGCGCCUUUUAACAUGAGAUCAUUGGCCACUUCUCUAUCUUGGGCGUCAUUGGCAAUGGGAUAUUAUCUUAGCACUGCAAUUGUGUCAUUAGUUAACAGUUUAACGGAUGAUUCGAAGCACAAACCAUGGCUAUCAGGAGCCAACUUGAAUCAGUAUCACUUGGAGAGAUUUUACUGGCUACUGUGUGCUCUUAGUGGAUUGAAUUUCAUGCAUUAUCUUUUCUGGGCUAGAAUAUAUGAGUAUAGAUCAAAAGGGAGAGGAAACGUAUGAAUGGAACAGGAAAUUGAAGCCAUUUUUGAGUUUCUUGAACGACCUGUCACUAUAUCCAAUGAUUUGCUGGUUAUAUCUUGAGGCUGAAGGAACCAGCAAGAGGAAGGGAAGAAAAAGUUACCUUUUGUUUCGAAAUAUGUUCUGAUAGGUUAUGUUUUUCUUGCUUUUAAGUGAAAGGAGUUGGGUUGCAAGUGAUUAUGUUGAGGUUAAAAUAAGCAACUUAAUUUUAA